AUGGAUUGCUAUAAAAUCCUCGGCAUCGCCCGAGACGCCAACCUCAAGGACAUCAACAGCGCCUACAAAACUCUCGCUCUAAAACACCACCCCGACAAGACAGGAGGAGACGACCAUGCUAUCCUUCAGUUUCAAAGGAUCCAACAAGCCGUCGAAAUCCUCCGAGAUCCAAUCGCCCGCAAAUCACACGACAAGCAUCUCGGCCCACCACCCAGUGAAGAUGAGCGGCUUUUCGCGAGCCCAGAUUACAAUGGCUGGGUAUCGACAGGUCUGCAUGUGCGGGAUCUCACCCGUAGCGCUCGAUACAUGUACAGCUACGGGAAUAGUGUUCACAUGGAUCCGCAUUCAAAGGAGUCGCAGGAAGAGAAGGCUCGUUGGGCGCGGGCUCGAGAAGAGGAGGACGAGAUGUGGAGACAGCGUCUUCAAGAUUUGGCGAGACGCAACGCGGAAAAUAGAGCCAGGCUUGAGGCUGAGGCCGAGGAAAGAAGGGCUAGAUUUGAGGCUGACGUUGAGAACAGAAGGCCUAAUCUCGCUCCCUGGUCACGUUCGUUUAGGCCUUCAGAGGGUGAUAUCUAUGAAGAAGACGAAGAGGAGGAUAACAUCGAGGCUGAAUGGUGGGCGGGAGCCAAACCCAAGGAGAUGAAGGGCGCCAAGUCCGAAGCAGACUCUGGUGCAGUCAGUGACCUUGCUUACGACGAAGAAAGGGACGUUGAUAUCGGAGUUGAACCGGAUCAUGAGAUCAAAAAUGGCAACCAUGCUGAUGAUGGAGAGGACAAAGGCAGUGCUAACACUUAUGAAGCCGGAAACGAUCUUGUCAGUGACGGCGAAGUCGAGCUUGACAGCCACUCUGAUACCAAAGAAGGCGAUCCCACUACGGGACUCCCUGCUGAUGUCGACGGUCACGCCCUCCCGGAUUCAGCAAAGAGCUCUAUCAAGUCUACCUCCGAUGACGGAUCAGUAGUGAUCAGAUUCGAACUCGGGCCCGAGUUCCACGCCGAAUUUGAUAUCGAAGCUAUUAUCGCCGAGGCUGAGGGGAACGCAGAAGAUUCCACUAAUGUUAAGCCUACAGUCACGGAAUUUGAUACCAAAUCGCCCGAGAAACUCACAACAGAAUAUCACACUGCAUCCCCCGGAAGCCCACAAGACCUAUCCGCUAGCCCCUACGUGAUGAGCGGCGGCCUUGGCUACCCAAGUCCCGGGUCCCCAAUCGACGCAGAGAAAACAUUUCUCACACAUGCCGAAUACGGGAGCGAAUCAUCGAUAUACUACGACUUUAGCGAACCAGAAGCCCCGUCUAUACCAAAAGACGCCGAGAACCAAAUCCUCAACCCACCACCAAUCCCCCAAAGUCAAACCUACAACUUCAAAUUCAACGCCACAAACGUCUACCCCCACCUAACCCCUUUCAUUCCCUACUUCGCCGCGAAGCUCGCCUACACGGACGGCCGCUACACAAGGGACGAUUUCCAGACCGAACUCCGAGGCAUGGUAAUGGAGACGUACUGCGGUUGGGUCGAGACAGUGCGUGCUACGAUCCCGGGCGCGGAGUCCCGAGAGGCAACCCUUGAUCUCAUUCCGCAGGACUGUCUGCAUCUGGGAUACUGGGAGAAGGUAUAUGGGCGUGAUGAGUGCGAGGAAUGCCAUCUCUGGAGGCCGAUAUAUACUCUCGUCUGUCCCGGCUGCGGAAUUAGGAAGUGCGUGGGGUGUAAAUUUGAUGAUGCUGGUGCUUGA